AUUAGAUAUUAAUCAACUUCAAUUAAUAGCACAAAUUCAUUCAUUUUAUAUUACAAAUAUAAAAUCCGAAUUAAAAUUUUCUAAAGAAAAUUUUAAUGAAGAAGAGCUUGAAACUAUAGUUAAUGAAAUAUCAGAAAAUUUAAUUAAAGAUAAUGAAGAUGAAGAUAAUAGUUUUGAUUUAGAUAAUGAAAAAGAUAAAACUAAUUUUAAUGAUUUACUUAUAGCAGAAUUAAUAGAUUUAAAUUUUUAUGAUAAUAAUGAAUCUGAAACUAAUUUAUUUUUAAAUCAACAACAAUUAGAAGAAAAAGAAAAUUUAAAUGUUGAUUUAGAAACAAUACUUGCUAAAGAAUUUUAA